AUGACCAACUACGGCGCGAUUCCGACGUCGUCAAACGCGUCUCCGGUGGUAGAUAUCGAAUCAAUCUCACGCGCCAAACACCGUAUCAAAGCCGGAUUAGCCACGCGCCGACCAUGGAGAGUGAUGUUCGAUUUCCACUCCAUGAAUCUCCCUCGCGGAGUCUCCGCUGCUUUCUCCAGAAUCAAGACGAAUCUCGCUUAUUUCCAGACGAAUUACGCGAUCGUCGUCUUGAUCGCCAUCUUCCUCAGCCUAAUCAAGCAUCCCACUUCGCUAAUCGUCUUCACCGUUCUCGGUUUCGUUUGGGUCUUCCUCUAUUUCCUCCGCGACGAGCCUAUUAAGAUUUUCCGAUUUCAGAUCGAUGAUUCGAUGGUGCUGAUUGGUUUAUCGGUGAUUACAAUCGUUCUCCUCCUUUUGACCGGCGUGACGUUUAACGUCGUUGGGGCUUUGUUGAUCGGAGCUGUGGUGAUUUUGAUCCAUGCGGUGAUUAGGAAGACGGAGGAUCUAUUCGUCGAUGAAGAAGCGGCGGUGGCGAGUGAGACUUCAGGGCUUACGUCAUACCCGUCGUCAUAA